ACAGGAAUAACCGAAGAGUAAGGGGAUGAGAUAUAAAUUUUAGUUAUAUAUUUUCCGAGUAGGUUCAAUUCCACAAAAAGAGUGAAAUUAAUGGCCAUGAGCUCCUAUUUGAUCAACUCCAACUAUGUGGACCCGAAGUUCCCACCGUGCGAAGAAUACUCACAGAGCGACUAUCUGCCCAGCCACUCUCCGGACUAUUACAGCUCUCAGAGGCAGGAGCCUGCUGCGUUUCAACCGGACUCUCUCUUCCACCACCAACAACACCACCCCCACCAGCAGAACCACCACCAGCAACGAGCCGAGCCGCCGUACACGCCGUGCCAGCGCGCAGGACAACCCGCCUCGGUGGUGAUGUCCCCUCGGGGUCACGUCCUCCACCCCUCCGGGCUGCAGACCACCCCAGUCCCGGAGCAGAGCCACCGCUGCGACUCGGUGUCACCCAGCCCGCCUCCACCUCCGUCUUGCGGCCAAACGCCCCACAGCCAAAGCACUUCUUCCCCCGCAAGCACUCGUAAGGACCCUGUUGUCUACCCGUGGAUGAAGAAAGUCCAUGUAAACAUUGUGAGCUCAAGCUACACAGGAGGCGAGCCGAAGCGGUCGCGGACGGCCUACACGCGCCAACAGGUCCUGGAGCUCGAGAAGGAGUUCCACUACAACCGGUACCUGACGCGCAGGCGCAGGGUGGAGAUAGCUCACACACUGUGCCUGUCAGAGCGGCAGAUCAAGAUUUGGUUCCAGAACCGGAGGAUGAAGUGGAAGAAGGACCACAAGUUGCCUAACACCAAGGUCCGCUCCGGAACAAACAACAACAACAGCAACAACAACACAAACUCCCAGACCUUAACGGGUCCCCAGCACCGCUCCACCGGACCCCUAUAGCCCAGUAUUUGUAUGAUGCGUGCCCUCCCUUUUCCUGAUUAAUUCCUAAACUGAACACCACGCUUGUAACAACCGCAACCUGCACUUUGGACCAGAAUAACGCUGUUGCUCUGGGAGAGAGGGGUGUCUUUGCCGCAUGUAUGGCCCCGAUCUGUGCUGAUGCUAUAUGACGUUAUG